GUUCCUUUCCCGAUUCCCGUGGCUCCAGACGCCCCGCUUGAAGUGAAAGCCCAAGCAGUCAAGAAGGCCAGGGUCUUUGACAAAGAGCAGCCGUGUUUUAUCAAGUGCGUCAACUUCAGGAAUCAAGCUACUGAUGAGGAGCUUGAAAAGGGCAAGUGGCAGAAGGCGCUUGAGAAGUGGUAUGUUCUUGUUACUCAGGACCCGACAGUCUCUUUGGUGGGUGCAUCUAUAGUAGGGCUGGAUAUGAAAGAGGGCAUGCUAUCGCUGCGUGAGCUCUUUGGUAAAAAGAGUCAUUCCACCGUGGACAAGCGAGGGUCCGCCUUGCUUAAGUACCUCAGGUACAUGCAUGAAUCUCAUCCGCGCAGGCCAGCCUUUCCCUUGAGCAUGCAUUGCACGGACCUGUGCAUCAGGCGCCUCAAGGCCACCAGUGCCAAAGCCAGCCAGGUUUCAUCAUUCACAGAAGCGGUGAGGUUUGCGGUGCAUGUGGUUGGGGUUAGUGCUGAUGACUCGAGCCCAGGCAAGUUGUUUAGCCCGUGGGCUCUAGGGUAUCAGGGGCUGUUACUAUCCGGGAAGGAUGAGCGGCAGCCAUCACUGGUUUUGGCAGUCCGGCAAGUGGAGUGCCUCGAAGAAUCUCUAUGGGAUGAAGGCCUGGGAUUGGUUGCCUCCGGGGCGUUUCUUUUCUGCCUUUUCUCGCGAAGCCGGAUCAGUGACAUCCGGAAAGUGCGCGGCUUCGUUGUUGACGUAGUGGUUGAGGGAGGUUCUGCAGUUGGUUUCCUGGAGUGUGGCGCCAGGGACCACAAGACGGCCUUGCAGACUCAGACGGUGGGCGUAUCAAUGCCUCUCGUCGCUCCAGUCAAUGGUGUGAGGUCCUCUUUUGCCGGCACCGGCGCAGGCAAUGCUUGCGGUGAUGGCGUGACUGGACACUCCCUUAAGAGCACCACGCUCGAUUGGUGUGGCAAGUACGGGCUGUCGGACAAGGACCAGACUUUGUUGGGCCAUCAUGCAUUGAAAGGGGAGUCCAUGUACUCAUACAUGCGUGACAAGCUGGCGUCCCCUCUGCGAGCUUACGAGCAAAUGCUUCAAUCAGUGCGACAUGCUCUGUUCUUGCCGGACUCGACGACGUCGGGUAUGUUCCGUGCCAGACCAAGUGAGGGGUCCGAGGUGCCAGGUCGUCCUGCCAGUGACAACCUCCGAGGGGUCAUUCCGGAGGAGCAUAGCGUCUUGCGUCCAGGUCGCACUCCUAGCGAGAGGCUGUCUGAGGUGAGAGAAGAGAUGCCCACGAAUCCCGUCGAAAGUGAGCACGAAUACUAUGCUGCUGUAGCUGACUCACCUAAGUCUAAGGCGCAAAGCAUCUUGGAUGAGGUUUGGCCUUCCCGUGGCGAAGAGGGAGAAGGAAUAGGCGGCAGUCCCCUUGGUGACAAUACUGAUUCAUCGUCCAGCUCGUCUUCUAGUGAUACUGAGACUAGUGAGGGCGAACCAGACUGGGUAGGGGAGUUAGGCCCGGAUUUAUCCAAGGUGGUGCCCCAGGCGAAGCCAGUGGAACCAGACCUGGAGUUUUGGAAACAUCCGAAGACCUUGACCAUCCAUUCUUUUGCGGCAGGGUCCAUGAAGAGUGCGUUCACUUGCGGAAAGGUUCCAGAGGACACUGCUGUAACUGGCCUCUUGCCACGCACCUCGAAUGCCGGGUCCGUAGCUGGCCUCAAGCGCCUCAUGUUUGAGGCACAUCCCCUCAUAGUUUCUGAGCUCAAGCAAAGGGUCGAGAGGUCCGAGGAGAGUGCCCCGGUUUCUCUGAAUGGAGCUGAGCGAGAGACUAGGCUGGAGGCUCAGAAGCUCAGGUUAGAAGGCCUCAGUUUUCAGGGCGAGGAAGAAGUCGCCCACGAUGCCUAUAAUCUUGUCUACGCCAUGAUUCAGAAGGACGAUCUGGUGUGGCUGUUGCCUGAGAAAUUUGGUACGCGACGGGCCGAGAUUAGCGCCAAGAAGCAAGGGCGAGAGUUGAUCAUCGAUGGGACCGGCAUCGCCAUCAAGGAAAAGCCGACUACCAUCGUGUGCUCCUUAGCAACAGAACUUGAUGUCGUGAUGGCGCUUCGCAGGCGCGCCUUAGCAUUUGAUUUGAUCGGGGCCCUCGCGCAAAGGUUGCAGGAGCCCCCGCCACCGGGGUACUCCAAGGUGUCCCUGCAACAACUCCUUAGAGCAGAUCGUGCCGCGUUUCUCCGAGCCUCGGAAUUGACUACAACGCUCAAGCGAGGUGCGGGAGGGCAAUUGCCAUUGGACGGCAUUAUCAACAACAUCUUGUUGGACCCCUCUGUGGCUUAG